CAGACGGUGUUGCCCCUGAGAAUACUUACCAUUAUAUAAUGGUUGAACAAUCUUUUGUUAAAAAGUAGACAUGAUAUGUAAUAUGACCUCUCAUCACCCACCUCUCACACACACACACGUGCGCACUCACUGGCAACAUGACUCUCCCUGCCAAGGUCUUGUUCGCAUUUAAAGGCUGCCAGUGCAUUUCAACAUUUGCGCGUUUUAAAUAUUUAAAAGAGGGAAGAUGUAAGGGGAAGGUACAAGUUCAGCAAUUUAGAUAAAAGCAUGUUUAACAUUUGGCUUCUGCGAUUGCACUCAUGAAAUCUAAUGUUGCGGUUUGAAUGCAUAGACUGGAAAAUGCCUCUUUUAACUGGACAGCUUGUUACUCGAUGCCUAAUGCACGUAAACUGCAUCUAAAUUGAUGGAAAACUAGCCCCAAGGUGUUUUUAUUUCCUUACCAAGGACAAUGUUGUUAGAUUGAUUAACCAAAUAAGAAAAUAAAUUGUGUCACGUGAAUUGGUGUCAAAUGGACUGCAGCGCCCUAAUUAAUGGUCAUCCUAGCCCUAGCUUUGAGUUACACUGCUGACUGUCAACAGAUAACCUUCUAAGAAGAAUGUCAAUAGCCUCAGUUGUGGGCAUGCAGGCAGCUACUCCUUUGUGGAUCCGCUCAUUCAAUGCGGCAGGACUAUUUGAACUGCUUUUAGAUAUACAGCCUUUUUAAUAUAUCUCUUUUGUUUUGAGAUUCAGAACUUCUAGGCAGGAUGGCUACCUCAGGUGGGAAAGUUGAAAAAGUGUCCAAAUUUGAGACUUUAAAACUCCUGGAGAAAUGCAGCAAAGAGAGAGAUGAUGCCUUGCAGAGAGAAAGUGUUCUCAGAGAGAAACUUCGACAGUACGAGACAAGGAUGCGUUCAACUGAGGCUCUGAAGCAGAAACUCAAAACCUUAACCAUGGACAACAAGGAGCUGAGAAAACAAGUGAAGACACUUCGUACUGAGAUUGGACUUGAAAGCACCCCCAAGUUCAAUGGUAAGACAACCAAGGACAUAAUUAAUGACUUGCAGGAAAAGGAACGCGAGUGUAGUUCUUUGGUGGAGAAGGCUGGGAAACUCAGCUUGACCAUUGAUGAUUUGACCUCAGAGCUUGCAAAUACAGUCACUUCCAAAACUCUUUUAGAAGACCAAGUUCAGUCUCUGCAGCAAAACCUCAAGGACAUGACCAACAAUCAGCGCCGUCUGCUAAAGUUGUGGGAGGACAAGAAGACUCAGAGGGAACAACUUGCUCUCCCUGCAAUUCCACAGAAGCUGGGACAUAAACCAUUUGUCCAUAAAUCAACCCAAACUGAAAUGUCCAUCAGCUCUGCCCAAAAACUUCCCGUCAGUGCAUUUGAGACCAACGGAUUUCCCCGUGAUAAUGAAAAAAGGACUGUUUUGGAGAAGCACAGUUUUCCAUCCUAUGGCUAUCAUCAUGAUAAAAAAGCUUUAAUGCAUGAUGAACCAAAUGGAAUCCAGAACUGAUAUGACUGAUCUAAUACAUAAAGACUAUUGAGUUGGAAAUAAUUUUGUUUAAAUAAUUAUUUAACAAAUGAUUUUUUUAUGUGUUUUAAUGCAAAUUGGAAGUAUUUACAAAUAUAUCAUACAAAUAAUGUAAAAGUGGGGUUCUGUCAUUUUAAAAUUACAAACUUUUUGUAGGAACUCAGGAAGUU